AUGGUAAAUUCAUCAGCCAGAUCCAUCAAUAUUUUAAAUCUCGCUUUUGCUUUGUCUGUAAUUGUUAUUCAGAUUAUAAUUGUUUUAGCUGUAAAUAUUGCUGUUUUAGCCUAUGCUUUUGCUAGCAUUAAAUUUAUAAGUGACAUGAAUCUUCCGAUAAAUAUAGGAAGAGCUGGGGAAAAUUUCCAAAGACUUGCUAUUUAUGCACAAGUUCAGAUAAUGCUGCCAUAUCUUCACAUUGAAAAUGGCGAUAAAGAAGUAAAAGCUUCAAAUGAAAAGUUUGCAAAGGCCUUGUCAGAUUUAGAACAGAUUUAUGCAAACAUAAUAUCUAGCUACCAAAGCUGAAGCACUUGCUCUGGCCAAAGUGGUUCAUUUUAAGAUGUUUAGACAAUAAAUAAUUUUUUGGACUAUUUUUUGUUAUUUGUUUUGUAAUUUUUGAACUAUUUUUUGACCAUUUAUUUGAACUAUUUUUUAGACUAAUUUUUCGACCAUUGUUUUUGCCUAUUUUUUAAAAUUACUUCUAAACAAUAAAUAUUAGCUCAAAGCAAUUGGGAUAAGAAAAUUAAAAUCAAGUCUAAAAAUAUACCAAAAACAAAUAGCCUAAAAAUAGGCUACUUUACUCAUAAUAAAUAAAAAAUAUACACUAAAAAAUGCCAGAAAAAAUACCAGGCCAAAGUAUUUUAGGAGACGAAAAUAUUUUAUUAUGGAGCACAGAAGAUUCAACUAUAAGAAAGAAAGAAAAUUUAUUAUCUGCUAUUCUAAUGUUUAUCAAUUCUGUAUAA